GACACUGUUUUGGCGAUGCCGGCUGUGGGCCGGGCCUUUGCGGCGUCGCGGCGAUCGCAUAACGACCGACUGGCGCCAAUUCUCGCCCUUUCGUCCCGCGUCUCGAUCACAGGCAGCAGAUUUCUAACUUCUGCAUUUAAAUCUCUGUACAACCGUUUGCCGUCUAUUACCUCACUCAUAGAAAAGAGAUUGAAUAUUAUACCUCACUUGCGAAUCAUCGUUUUCCGGAGCUGUUCUAUAACCCACACGAUACCUCUCGAUUUGUUGGCGUGGAUUUUUCAAAUCGCUGCUACUCGUUUCGCCGUUUACAUAACGCGUAAACCUCAUGUACAAUCGUCUGCCGUCUACUACAUCACUUGCGAAUCGUCGUCUUCCGCGGGCGACACCAUCUUUGUUUACAGUAAUCAAAAAAUUAUAAAGGAGGAAUUCAGUAUGGAAACAUCAAAACCAUCAAUCAUUGAUUCUUCAAUAAAUUCUAAGUAUGAUUAUUUAUUCCGGCGUACAGGAAUUUUGACGAUUCCACUUGUCAGAUGUGAUGAUCAAGUAUUAAAGAAAGUUAUUAAACAAGAAAAUAUUGACGAAAAUGGUUAUAAUAAUGAUGAUACCAUAUUACAAAUGGGUAAUCAAGAAAUGAUAAAGGAGGAAUUCAGUAUAGAAAUAUCAAAACCAUCAAUUCAAAACCAUCCACUUGUUAGAUAUGAUGAUCAAGUAUUGAAUAAAGUUAUUAAACAAGAAUAUAUUGAUGAAACAGCCCAUAAUAAGAUUGAUACCAUAUUACAAAUAGGUAAUAAAGAAAAAGAAGUCAACACAACUAACAACAAAAUAAAAACUGAAAAAGAUAUUAUUGAGGCAUAUACAUUUGAUGGAUCCGUUUUCAAUGAAGGCUACUCUAUGGGAGUCAUUGAUUGUUUGAAUUUAAGGCAAAAUACUUCAACAUCCAACACAGCAAAUUUGACUAGACGGAUUCAUAUUAGUGAAUUUAAAGAGCCAUUAUUUUGUGCAUUGUGUAAUAAAUUAUUCUACAAGAAAUCAGUCCUGAAAAGACACAUACUGCGUCAUACCCGUGAAAAUACCUAUAACAAUAGAAAUCUGUGCUAUAAAUGUAAUACUUGCGGUAAAAGGUUUUCUCAAGAAAAACUUUUUAAAACCCAUAUGAGAUUACAUACUAAAGAAAAGCCACAUGUAUGUGAUUUCUGUAAUAAAGGGUUUGCUACUUCAUCAAGUUUAAUUAGGCACAUAAGAACACAUACUGGUAAAAAACCAUACAAGUGUGAUAUCUGCGAUAAAAGCUUAACACUAUUAUCAAGUUUAAAAGAUCACAAAAGAAUACAUACUGGUGAAAAGCCAUAUAAAUGUCUAAUAUGUGACAAACAAUUUAAUCAAAAACCAACAUUAAGAAGGCAUACAAGGAUACAUACCAAUGAUAAACCAUAUCAGUGCGAUUUCUGUAAAAAAUUCUUUUCUCAAGCAGUACAUUUAAAAGGGCACAAGAGGACACAUACCUUUGAAAAACCAUAUAAUUGUAAAGUCUGUAAUAAGAGCUUCGCUCUUUCAAAAAAUUUAAGACUACAUACAAGGACACACACUGGAGAACACCCGUAUAUAUGUGAUGUCUGCGAUAAAAGCUUUGCAGUAAUAUCAAAUUUCAAAGUGCACCAAAGAAUACAUACGGGAGAAAGGCCCUAUUCAUGUAAUUUUUGUAAUAAAGCGUUUAAUCAACGAAUAGAUUUGAAAAGGCAUACAAGGAUACAUACGGGAGAAAGGCCCUAUUCAUGUAAUUUUUGUAAUAAAGCGUUUAAUCAACGAAUAGAUUUGAAAAGGCAUACAAGGAUACAUACCGACGAUAAGCCACAUAAAUGUGAUCUGUAAUAAAGCGUUUACUUUGGCACUUAACAAAAAAAGCCAUAUAAAUGUGUUAUCACCGACAAAUGGUUUUAUCAGCUAGGAAAUUUAACAGUGCAUAAAAUAAUACAUUAAAAAAAAACCAUUUAGUAGGAUAACUGUGAUCAAGAGUUUUUGGAAGUAGAAAAUUUGAAGAAGUAUACUGCUAAGAGAUGUACCGUAAAAUGCCUUAAAUUACAACAUUUGUUUUGGCAGGUUUUGUACAUAUGAUCUGGCCUUCAGUUUUAUUCUGUGUAACCAAUAUUACUAUUAAACCCAUGAUUAUGUUCUAAAAAAUAAGCUAUUAACAUGUAACUUUAUAUUCUACAAAUAUUUAUAUACCUACCUUAUAACGUUAUAAACUCAUUUAAAUAAUUUUUUUCCUACAUUUGUUUGUGAAUGCAACCGUGUAAUUUGUAAUGGUCUUAUCUAGAUUUUUGUUCAAUCUUGCAUGACUACGAAAGUUCUAUUGCCUUAUGGUUAAUUUAUAUUAAUUCCGUUACUAUGAUCCGCAAAACUUGUUCUCUUUUGAGACAGAGUAAAUAUAACUGUUCAACCAAUGAUUAUAACAUUAAAAUAUGUUAUUAAUAUAUAACAUAACUUACUACUAAUAUUUGUAUAUAUAAUAAUAUUAUUAACUACCAAAUCAUAUUUUAUGUUAUAAUAAGAAAAUAAUAUAAUAAAAAUUAUCUUAGUUAGUAGGAUAACUGUGAUCAAGAGUUUUUGGAAGUAGAAAAUUUGAAGAAGUAUACUGCUAAGAGAUGUACCGUAAAAUGCCUUAAAUUACAACAUUUGUUUUGGCAGGUUUUGUACAUAUGAUCUGGCCUUCAGUUUUAUUCUGUGUAACCAAUAUUACUAUUAAACCCAUGAUUAUGUUCUAAAAAAUAAGCUAUUAACAUGUAACUUUAUAUUCUACAAAUAUUUAUAUACCUACCUUAUAACGUUAUAAACUCAUUUAAAUAAUUUUUUUCCUACAUUUGUUUGUGAAUGCAACCGUGUAAUUUGUAAUGGUCUUAUCUAGAUUUUUGUUCAAUCUUGCAUGACUACGAAAGUUCUAUUGCCUUAUGGUUAAUUUAUAUUAAUUCCGUUACUAUGAUCCGCAAAACUUGUUCUCUUUUGAGACAGAGUAAAUAUAACUGUUCAACCAAUGAUUAUAACAUUAAAAUAUGUUAUUAAUAUAUAACAUAACUUACUACUAAUAUUUGUAUAUAUAAUAAUAUAAUUAACUACCAAAUCAUAUUUUAUGUUAUAAUAAGAAAAUAAUAUAAUAAAAAUUAUCUUUACUUCUAUACAAUACAUUUAUGCAAAUUGUGUUGUACCUCAGUCAACUGUUAUUACUUUUUAUUAGUUCAAAUUGUAUUUAAUCCUGUUCUCUACUAUUUGUU